CGCAGAUUCGUGCUGGAUUCAAGAUCAGCCGUAUUCGAGGUAUUCGGCGACCCAAUAUGUUGCAUUAAAAAUCGUCGCGGAUGCGAUAAAAUCCUGGGUUGGAAAUUGGUCGCUGAUAAAAAAUCUUUUUUUUCUGCCAUGCAGGUUUCUAUACCAGGAAAGUCAAGUACACACAGGAGACUUUCUGCGAGAAGUUCCAAGGAAUUCUCGAUGGAUUCCCGAGAUUGCAGGAUAUUCAUCCUUUCCACAAGGAUUUGAUGAACACUCUUUACGAUGCCGACCAUUUCAAGAUCGCCCUGGGUCAGGUCUCAACUGCCAAGCACCUCAUCGAAACCGUUUCCCGCGACUACGUCCGUUUGAUUAAAUAUGCGCAGUCUUUGUUCCAGUGCAAACAGCUUAAGCGCGCUGCGCUGGGUCGUAUGGCCACCAUCUGCAGACGUUUGAAAGAUCCUCUCGUCUACUUGGAGCAGGUCCGCCAGCACUUGGGUCGUCUGCCAUCGAUUGAUCCCAACACUCGGACCCUGUUGAUUUGCGGUUACCCUAACGUCGGAAAGUCCAGCUUCCUGCGCAGCGUCACCCGUGCCGAUGUCGAUGUUCAGCCUUAUGCCUUCACGACGAAGAGUCUGUUCGUCGGGCAUUUUGAUUACAAGUACCUGCGGUUCCAGGCCAUCGACACCCCUGGUAUUCUGGAUCACCCUCUGGAGGAAAUGAACACCAUUGAAAUGCAAUCCAUUACCGCAGUUGCUCACCUUCGUUCCGCCAUUAUGUACUUCAUGGAUCUGUCCGAGCAGUGUGGAUACUCCGUUGCCGAUCAGAUCAAGCUCUUCCACAGCAUUCGACCCCUUUUUGCCAACAAGAUUGUGUUCCUUGUGAUCAACAAGAUCGAUGUCAGACGGCCAGAGGACUUGGAGCCCGAGUACCAGCAAGAGAUCCAGAACAUCCUCAACUCCGGAGAUGUUGAAAUCUUGCAGGUGUCUUGCACCACCACCGAAGGUGUGACUGGGGUGAAGAACGCUGCUUGCGACAAGCUUCUGGCUGAGAGAGUUUCGCAAAAACUCAAGUCUGGUUCCAACAGCGCUGGUGCCCCUGGUGGCCGACUUGGCGAUGUCCUUUCCCGUAUCCACGUCGCUCAGCCUACGGGUGGUGUGCAACGUGAGACCUUCAUUCCCGAUGCUGUGAAGAACCUGAGGAAAUACGACAAGGACGACCCGGAGCGCAAGAAGCUCGAGCGGGACAUCGAAGAAGAGAACGGUGGUGCUGGUGUCUACAACAUCGACCUCAAGAAGACCUACGACCUGGCGGACGACGAGUGGAAACACGACAAGAUCCCCGAAGUCUGGAACGGCAAGAACGUCUACGACUUUGUGGACCCGGAUAUCGAGGCCAAGCUCGCUACUCUGGAAGAGGAAGAAGAGAAACUGGAGCAGGACGGAUACUACGAGUCCGACGAGAGCAUCGAAGAUGUAGAGGAGGCGGACACCCGCAUGAAAGCGGACCUGAUCCGCGAGAAGCGCGUACUGAUGCGCAACGAGGCCAAGAUGCGCAAAUCCCUCAAGAACCGCGCCCAGAUCCCCCGUACUGCCAAGUCCAAGAAGCUCUCCCAGAUGGAGAAAGCCCUGGACUCUGCCGGAUACGAUGUCGACGCUGCUGCUGCCCGUGCCCGUUCACAGAGCCAGACCCGCGGCCGCCCGCUUACUCGCGACACGGACGACAACAACGACGGCGAUGCUAUGGAUGUCGACGCAGACCCCCGCCAGGCGAUUGCCAAGGCCAAGGCCCGCGCUCGCAGCCAGGCAGCUACGAACCGUCUGGAGGAUGGUGUUCAAGACGCAGAGCAGCGCACCAAGGCCGACCGUCUCAAGAAGCUGGGACAGAAGAAGAUGAACCGGAUGGCGAGAGCAGGAGAAGCAGACAGACACACGACGGCAUCGCUGCCGAAGCACUUGUUCGCCGGAAAGCGCACAAUCGGCAAGACACAACGUCGUUAAGGACUUGGAUAGGGACGUUGACGAAGCGACGAAGUCCGAUCUUAAUAUUGCUUUUAUUGAUAUUGGAAUUCCGGGU